ACCUAAUACAUCACCUGACCAGUCACGAGAUACAUUAUUACCCGAUUAGGUAUAUCCCAUUACAGCCCCUCAAUAACAAUUUCCCAGUGUUGCACGCGCCCAAAAAUGACUGACUUGAAGAUUGGAGAGCUCUAUCAAUUGAUCCAAAAUACAACCAAGGAUUAAACGAAGAUACAACUCUAGAAGACACAAGACAUCAUCACCAUCACCAUGGACUUUGAUAACGAUCUGUCCUUGUUCAUCAACAACAUAUACAACAAGCCCCAACAGCAACAGGCUCCGUCCUUGCCAAAGACGAGUAACAAUACCAAGUUAGCUGCCCUACAACACGAAUCUACAACAAAUAACUCAAUAUUCAAAAUGUACAACAAACCAGAAUUCAAAUCUUUACCAAAUAACGAGCGUGUUAAAAACUUAACUUGGAGACUAAACUCAUUAAAUGAAGCAUCUAAAACCAAAUCAGCUAAAAGAAGAACCAAAUCUGCAUCUGCAUCAUCAAAUUCAAAAAUAAUGAAACCAACUCCACAACAACCAACAAAGAAAAAACAAAAUUCUUUACCAAAGAUAGAUCCAAUAGGUGAUGAUUUUGAUUACGUUGCUCACAUCAAGAAAACAUCACAAGAAGAAUAUUACCCAAAUUUACCACCAUCAUCAAUAAACAAUAAUACCAAUAAUAAUUUUAAACAUAAUUCUUCAAAUUCUUCAACUUCAUCAACAACUAAUUCAAAUUCAUCAUUAUUAACAUCUUCAUUAACUUCAUUAUCCACAACUUCCUCAUCCCAUUCCACAAUAACUGCUCAAACUAAUCUAAUUGAACCAAAUUCAAAAUUAAUAAGUUGUACAAAUUGUAAUACAAACACAACACCAUUAUGGAGAAGAUCAAGUAAUGGAGAUGUCUUGUGUAAUGCCUGUGGGUUAUUUUAUAAAUUACACGGUGUCAUAAGACCUGUUAAACAGAAGCAGCAACAACAACAGCAACAAGAGCCUCAACAAUAUAAAACACCAAUAACAAACCCAUCAAUCUCUUCACAAAUACCAACAACAAUAAGUUCAAUGUCAUCAAUGGAUACUGCAAUGUCUAAUGAUUUCAUAAAUAUGGAUCAAUUACAAUCAAUGAUUGAUUUGAAAAGUUUGGAUGAAUUAGAAUAUCAAGAUAGUUUUAAUUUCAACAAUAAACCAUCUCAACAACCAUCUCAACAAUCUAAUCAAUUUGGAAAUGAUCAUUUAACCAAUUUUAUGCAAAAUUAUGAUCAGGAUUAUGAUUGGUUGAAACUUGGACUAUGAAAACAGCUAGAAUAAGUCUUCAAUGUUUUUGGAUAUAUUGAAUAUCAUUAUGUGUUUAUGAAUUAAAUUGGAUAAGUUAUAACAUGAUUGUAAUAAAUACAUUCAAUAUGUAGCCAUUAUCGUAUGUAGUUUUCACAGCUUCAGCCACAUGGGAAUCUUUGAGUUUAUAUACGUCGAUUGCCAUGCCAAUAUUUGCUCAUCGGUACUCUUUGAACAUAGAGAGCUACAAAGGGAAAGUCAAAGAGUCAACAUUCAAUGACAUUUAUGUCAUCAAAGUUUUCUUUGUUCUGAUGAGGCACUUGUAUGUACCUGAUAAGCUUAUAAAGUGGGUGAAUGAUCUCAAUUUGGGAAAGAAUUGAGAUAACAACUUUUCUCGACAUCAUCGUAUUCAAAUCUUCUCGGCAGAAUGAACUAGAAUAGACAACGACAACAUGAUUGGAAGGUUACAAGGAUGAA